UAAAAUUUCAUUGUUUUCUUGUUGUUGGUGCUUGUUUUUUCCAUUUUUACCGAAUAAAUUUAUUAAAUUACAAACCUAAAUCACACAAUACGUCAAGCUGAGUUCCAAAAUAGAUAUUGAUAUGAGCCUACCUACAGACUUCGGCCCUGAUUCGGGUGGAAGAGUAAAGGGGCUGGUUAUAGUAAAGCCGAUUGUUUACGGCAAUGUGGCUCGUUAUUUCGGCAAGAAGCGUGAAGAGGACGGCCACACACAUCAAUGGACUGUGUACGUGAAACCGUACGCCAACGAAGAUAUGUCUGCAUAUAUAAAGAAGGUGCAUUUCAAGCUACACGAAAGUUACGCCAACCCCAACAGAAUAGUGAUGAAGCCCCCUUACGAACUGACAGAGACCGGUUGGGGUGAAUUUGAGAUAGUCAUCAAGAUAUAUUUCCAUGAUCCCAAUGAGAGACCUGUCACAGUCUAUCACAUCUUGAAGCUUUUCCAAUCACCGGUAACGGAGGGCGCUCCCCCGAUUGUGGGUAGAGCUUUGGUCAGUGAAUCAUAUGAAGAGAUAGUCUUCCAAGAGCCAACUCAAUUGAUGCAGCAUCUACUGAAUAGUGUGAAACCAAUAACAAACGGACCUUGGACUCAUGAUACCAAUUUUGAAGAAAAGAAAGAGAAAACUUUGGAGAAGAUAAUAGCUGCUCAGUCUAAAGUUAGAAAUGAAAUAUCAGAGCUAAAGGAGAAGCUGCAUUUAGCUAAAGAAACAAUAUCAAAAUUCAAAGACGAAAUAGCGAAAAUACAAAACAAUACAGCAAGCAAUGUCUUAGUAGGAGUUUAACACAUUUCUCAUAAAUUGUGGUGAUCAUACCUAAAUCAAAUACUUUUAUCAUUGACUGAUACAGAAUUUCGAAAUUUACUGGCUUUAAGCAUUGUACACUCUCGGAAAGACCCGCUCUGUCACCCAUAAUGCCAUAAUCGCUUGCGGUAGCGG